UUUCAUUUACAAGGGCGGUGCUCGGGAGAGAGAAAUCCAAAGUUCUUCGAGUUCGUGACUUGUAAAGGAAGCAUUUUCUGAGCUGAGGCACUGAAACACGAACAACAAAACCCGCUUUAUUGGCGGGGCAGCGAGUGGAUGAAUAAAAUAAUUGUUAUAAUCCCGUUUUCGGAGAUACUUGCUAAGUGUAAACCUUUGACAAGUCUCCAGAAGUGUCGCAUGUUCCAGAAUGGACAACAUGAGGAUUGGCAAAUGCACUAUUUUUGAUGUUGUCCUCUGGAUUCACAUUCCUGUGAUCCUCCUCUUCAAUGCAGCAUCGGGCCAAUCAGACAGCAGCAGCAGCGUGGUGGUUGCGGGUUACAAUGUGAGCGCCCCCGCCAGGACAGAGGUGGUUCUGCAGUGCAUGAGCAACCGCAUGGUGUGGACACAGGACAGAGAGAACGACCGGCAGAGAGUGGUACACUGGGAUCUGUAUCGACCCAUGCCUGACUUCGCCAUGGAGAGGGUGGCGGACAUGUUUUCUGCUGGGGACCAGAGGAUCUACAACUCAUACAAUCAGGGCCGGGUCAGCCUCAGCCAAUCAGCCUUCAAGGAUGGGAACUUCUCCCUUGUCAUCCAAGCGGUGACUAUGAACGACAGAGGCCUCUACUCCUGCAACCUCCACCACCACUACUGCCAUCUCUACGAGACGAUCAGAGUCCAGCUCAACGUCACCAAGUCACGUCGGAAGGAGCAGCGGUUCUGGGACGGACAGAAGGCUGUGUAUGUGGUGUUGCGAGGCAGUACCGUGGUCCUGCCGUGUGUGAACCGGCGCAGCGUGUGGACGGACGGGGGCAGUGAGGAAGAGCAGCAGGUGGUCCACUGGGACCGGCAGCCGCCGGGGGUCAAUCAUGACCGCGCCGACCGGCUGGUGGACCUCUACGCCUCUGGGGAGCAGCGAAGCUACGGCUCGCUGUUCCUCCGGAGGAAGAUGAACAUCAGCAGCAGCGCCUUCGCACAGGGAGACUUCUCCCUGACCAUCGCGGACCUACAGCCCACAGACCAGGGUUCGUACUCCUGCCAUCUUCACCACCACUACUGUGGGCUGCAUGAGAGGAGGGUGUUCCAACUCAACGUAGGACCACCUCUGACUCCUCAGACCACCCUCCUGCCUGUCGCACUGCCCAAGGAAGACAAAGAAACCACUAAGGAAAUUUCACCGCGAGUCAUCAAUGUCAUUUUGCCAGACCAGCGACAUCAUUUCCUGCUGCCACUGGGCUAUGUCCUGACUACAUUCCUGCUGCUGGCCUUCAUCAUCCUCAUCAUCAUCCUAAUCACGCGUCGCCACCGUAGCCAAGAGUUUUACCCACAGAAAUCUGUCAGAUCGAGCAGGAGUCAAAGCAGCUCGGACGACUUUGAGAUGGAAGUGACAGACGGGAGAACAAGCUCGCCAGACGACAGGACAUUAGAUUACAAGAACAACCUACUGAAAGAGAUGGUCAAAAUGACCAGUGUUCCCAAAGUCAUUGACCUGGAUAAAGAGAUGGAGAAGUUUGGGAAGUGAGGAGGAGGGUGGCAGGAUGUUAUGUUACAGAAGGACAGAGAUGGGAGAGGGAGGCCCUGGCUGGUCCAGAGGCUGUGGUCCAAACCAAAGACGCCUGUUAUUUACUCUAUCACCGGUAGAGUUAAAGCCAUCAAAACAUAGAGAGAGACUGAUGCAAGAAAGAGAAAAACAGAAAACGACAACUCAACCCAGAGGGGAACUUAACCAAAACCACUGUACAGAAAGAAAGUCAAAUCUGCAUAGGCUUUUUGCUCCUAUGUAUAAAAGUGGUAGGUAGUGUGAGCUUACAAGCUUUUUUGCCUUUUGCCUUGCCAUCAUCUGAAAAAUUAAAUAAGCCAGUAUUGCCAUAAAACCCUGAACACUGAAUUAAUUGAGAAGAACAGUAGUUUAAAUAUGCACACCGUACAACUGCAGAGGUGUAAUCGCCUAAGACAGGAAUAUCUUGUGUCAGUUGCACUCCCGCCUACUUGGGUCGACCAAGCCGGCCGCCCUUUUUUGCAUUUCGAUCGCCAAAAUUAAGUACCUGGUACCUUUUUUAGUCUCACUCCAUCGAGGUUUGUUUGAUCAACUGCACAGCAACGAUGUACUCAAUACUGCUUUCUUGCGGCUGUACGCUACUGUAGCUGAACUGUACACAAUGGGAAGUGGUUAUGUUGAAUUGCUAAUUGUUUUGUAUUACUUGUCUUAAACUCAGAUUUUGAACUGCUAUUUGCUUUGUAGGUACUAUCAUUGUAUUCAUAGAUGCUAGGCUGGCCUUUAUAUUUUUGCUAUUAUGAAUUCCAUUAAAGCCAUAAAAAAAGAGAGA